AUGCGGUUUAAAGUGUUUAACUAGAGGAAGCCUAGGAGAGCCAGAAGCAGUGAACCUCCUUUGCAGCCAUCCCAGGACCCUCCGGCCCAGGCAGUCAUGAAGAAGGCAUUGGCAGUGCUGAUAGUGUUCACCUUCUCUGCCGCAAUUCUGAGCUACUACAGCGAUAUAAUAAAUUGGAAACUGGUCGAUGUCAGAGGAUUCCUGAGGACAUCUGUCCCAGUCACCACAGAAACUUCCCUCAUAAACCCAACCAGCCAUGCCCCCCAUGACCCUCUCCAAACGGGAUCAGCAGAAGGCCACACCUCUGCCUCCCGCUGGCAAACACCCCAGGAAAGCCUGAAAACAGUGUCCACGGGGGCAAGCACACGGCCAGCUGGUCCAGCAACCCUCCCUGAUGUCACCACAGAGGUCCCACAAAACAGAACCCACACCAGAGCCCCCGAGGGUACAGACACUCUGGCUCCUGCUGGGUCACCCACCGCCCCUAGCCCAGGAUGGUCGAGUCCCUCCGUCACCCAGAGGACCACGGCCCCUCAAACUGCCACCUCUGUGAAUCCUGGUAGUUCUUCUGCUCCUGGGUCACCCACCGCCUCUAGCCCAGGAUGGUCGAGCCCCUCCAUCACCCAGAGGACCACGGCCCCUCAAACUGCCACCUCUGUGAAUCCUGGUAGUUCUUCUGCUCCUGGGUCACCCACCGCCUCUAGCCCAGGAUGGUCGAGCCCCUCCAUCACCCAGAGGACCACGGCCCCUCAAACUGCCACCUCUGUGAAUCCUGGUAGUUCUUCUGCUCCUGGGUCACCCACUGCCUCUAGCCCAGGAUGGUCGAGCCCCUCCAUCACCCAGAGGACCACGGCCCCUCAAACUACCACCACUAUGAAUCCUGGUACUUCUUCUGCUCCUGGGUCACCCACCGCCUCUAGCCCAGGAUGGUCGAGUCCCUCCAUCACCCAGAGGACCACGGCCCCUCAAACUGCCACCUCUAUGAAUCCUGGUACUUCUGCUCCUGGGUCACCCACCGCCUCUAGCCCAGGAUGGUCGAGCCCCUCCGUCACCCAGAGCACCAUGACCUCUCAGUCAAUAGCUGAUCCCACAACCUUAAGAAUUACUACACAAACGACCCCAUCCAGUAAACAGACUUCCCUGACCACAUCUGGGAGCGCAACCUCAGCCAAAGGGAAGACCACCCGGGCUCUCCCCACUGCCGUCACACACCACGUCACCGCCACAACUGCAUCUACCAAGACAACUGUGGGACCCACCCUUGCUCCCCAGCCAUCAGCCCCUCAAACUGGGAACUAUCUGGUUUACAACGGAAGCAGGGCUUGCUUGAGAGCGGACAUGGGUGUGCAGCUGCUCAUUCAGGACAAGAAAACAUAUUUUACAUCUCAAAUGUACUUUAAUCUGGACCCCAAUGUGACUCAAGCAUCGGGGAAUUGUGGCCCGCAGCGAUCCAACCUUCUCCUGACUUUCCCGGGUGGAUUUGUGAACUUGACCUUCGUGAAGGUAAAACAGUCAUAUCAUAUAGAAACAGUGGAGGCUUCUUUAACUAUUUCAUCCUCAAUGAACAUCUACAGUGGCCUGAAAGAUGGGCUGACAAUGUUUGAGACCAAAGUGGGAUACUCCUUCAAGUGUGUCAGUGAACAGAGUGUUAACUUGUCAUCCUCUCUCCAGUUACAUACCAUUGAUGUCCGACUCCAAGCCUUUGAUUUUGAUGGUGAACACUUUGGGAAUGUGAAUGAAUGCACAUCUGACUAUGCAAUUAUGGUUCCAGUGAUCAUUUUGAUCGUCAUUCCUCUCUGCAUUGUGAUCUUGGUUUUCUGCGGAAUUCGUCUGAGGAAAAAAUCAAUGGGAUACCAGAGGAUCUAGUCGCUAUAAGGAAUUCUGAAAGAAAUGAAAGCGUUUGGAAUUCCUUAGUCAUCUCCAAGAUCUUACAGAAUUCCCUAAUUUUUAAAAAUGUAAUGUUCAUUGCUUUGUCUGAAACCCCAACAUUUCCCAAUUUUAUCCAGGCCAAUAUCCAGUAGAAGAGAGAAAAAAUAUUCAUGAUUUGAUGGGGGUGGGGGAAGAUGAGAAGAGUGGGGAGGAGUACAUGUGACAAUAUUUAAUUGAUUAUUGAAGAGCAUUAAUUGGUUUCCCCUGUAAGAAAUAAGAGCACCAAAAUAACAAAAUAUUUUCUGAAAUGGGGCAAGGCUUUGUGCCUGUCAAUCACACAGCUGGUGGUUGAAGGGGCCUACACUGGUGGCUAUUUGUUAGUGUUUCAUUUGGUCGGGAGAUGUGGCCUCCUUGGCCAAAAGUUAGACUUUCUUUUUUGUCUUUGACGUUAUCAAGAUAUUUUCCCACUCUGAGCUUCCGUUUUCUCAUCCAUAAAGGGCCUCUAGAGUCCCUUCCAUCUCCACAUCCAUGAACCUAUGACCUCUCUGGACCUCAAUUUCCUCCGGUGCAAAAAGGGGGUUGGAUUCAUUUGCUUCCAGCUCUAGAUCCAUGUUCCUUUGAACUCUACCAAGAACACAAAGACAUUGCUUUUGCUGGCUCUUGAGUUUGUGAGAUGAGAAUACUAAUUGAUGUUGUUCUCUUUUUUUGAUAUAAGGUAGAAAAAGUUUUUUAAAAAGUGUAUCUUUUAUGUGCAUUUAUACAAAGUCUGUUUUUCAUCUUUCUACUCCCUGCUCUUAGAACAGAGCCUUGUACACAGUUGGAAUUUAAUAAAUGUUUACUAAAUCGAGCUGAAUUGAAUUAUAUACUUUUCUCUUAAAGCAACAAUUGAGAGGCAGCUAAGUGAUGCGAUGGAUGGAGCAGCAGCCCUGAAGUCAAGAGGACCUGAGUUCAAAUCUGGCCUCAGACACUUAACACUUCCUGGCUCUGUGACCCUGGGAAAGUCAUUUAACCCCAACUGCCUCAGCAAAAAAAGAAAAAAAAAAAGCAACAAUUGGCUGAAGGGAGAAACAGAUUAAUGAGUAUAAGUAACAAACUAUUUCCAGUACCAUAGGUUUAAGGUGGAGACCUUGAAAAUCAUAUCAUCUGACUACCUUAUUUUAUAGGCAAUCAACCAUUAUUUAUUAAGCAUUUUCUAUGUGCUUGUCUCUAUACUAAACACUUGAAAUCCAAAAAAAGGCAAAAGCAGCUCCUACCCUUCAGAAGUUCACAUUCUAAUAAGGGAGACAUGUAAAUAAAUAGAUCUUACAGUA